ACAUGUACAUUACUGUGAGAUACAUGUACAUAGAUGGUCGAUAACUGACAAAGAUGAUAAAGUAUAAUUGUGGCAUAAAUAAGAACUAUUACUUUGCCGUAUACUUUUGGCAUGAGCCUUUAAUUGCCUGAAGUUGUAAAGUUCGUAGGUAUGUUCAGAAGAUUUUUCUAUGCACUUUUCGGUCGUUUUCUAAGGCCGGGAGGACUACCAUCUUUGACUGCAGCAAAUGAAGAAUUUAGCAGUGGCAGUGAGGACUUUCAACAUAUAGAAAGGAGGGACUUGCACUCAAAUGAGUGUGUUUCACAAGGAAAAUCUAACAACGGUUCCAAGCGUAAACAUAGGCGAAAAAGAAAUCAUUUCACUAGAAACGAAAACGAAAGUAGAACUCCAGGCAGUCGAUCAGAACUUGGGAGUGGGAGAACCCGUCAAGGACCUCAUACUUCAAAACAGAACGAAUUUCACGAGGAACAUUCUGCAAUGUCUUCACAAUCCCCCUGGGGCGGGCGUGGGAGGGGGCGUGGGAGGGGGCGUGGAAGGGGACAAAAGCAUGCAUGGGAAGAUGCCAAGCGGGGCAGCAAUUUCAAGCCAAAACCUAAGGGACAGAUCAUUGCUGAGGAGAAAUACGAGUAUUUUUGGACCGCCCAAGACAUCUACAGUCAGUGGCAUCAAUCAGCCUUCAAUAUUGGUGAUCAAACUUACUGCUGUGCCGAACAGUACAUGAUGUCUAGAAAAGCAGCCCUAUUCGCUGACUGGGACAGCUAUGCUAAGAUCAUGUCCACCACCGAACCCCGUAAAAUGAAGCAACUGGGUCGGAACGUCCGAGGGAUUCGACAUACCACGUGGAAAGAGAACGCCAUACGAAUCAUCCGGGAAGGAAACAUAGCGAAAUUCUCACAGAACUACAAACUCCGUGAGCGCCUGUUUCACACGUUCCCGAAGAUCCUGGUUGAGGCCAGUCCGUACGACCGUGUGUGGGGGAUAGGGCUUGAGCGGGGGUGGGAGGCCGCCUGGGACGAGCAGUCCUGGAAGGGCCUUAACCUGCUCGGAUUCAUCCUCACUGACGUCCGCAAUAAGCUUAUGGUGGAUAAUCUUGAGAACUUCACAGUGCAAGAUCUGGAGCGCAACAAUUGCAAGGUAGACAUGACCUCCUUACAAGCCAAGUUCAAGGCCACGAACAUUGACCCGGCUCAUGAGGAAGAGGAACUGUCGCACGACGAGGCGUGGAAUUCUGAAGCGUCGAGUGGGGAUGACCAGUGGUCUUUGAAUGGACAGAGGUCUGGAGGUGACCAGUCGUCAGGGGGUUCCCUCCAAUGGUCGGACCAUGAUGACAGACGGUCGCACAGUGACGGUCUUCAAAAGUCAGUUAAGGACCAAUCACGAGAACAUUUUCACGGACACGAUUCAGACACAAAAAGUGCAGGGUCGGGCGCAGGUGGACAGAACGGUGAUUUCAACCGUCAUCGUAAUCAGUAUGGAAUAAAUACGGAGAAUGACGACUCUCAGACAGCGCACGCAAAUGCUAAUUCAGCAAGUGGUGGCAACUACAACAGCAACGGUGGUGGUGCUACAAAUAAUCAAGAGGGCAAACUUCGCGUCGUUAUUGUGGAUGAUGAUUAGAAAUGAGACAUUGGUCAAUGAAAGCUUGUUUAGACGUGUUUUCUAGUAAGAUGUAUUUCCGGUGAGUUCACUGUGGGUGUCUCAUGUAUAUAAACUAAUACGCUUGGUUCUACAAGUUACUGACAGUGAGGAUUGGUUUUAUUUAACAGUUGAUUUUGUUUGCAUCUAUUAUUAACUGAUGAGAAAUAUAUUCACGAUGUUAUCAUUAAAAUGCAAACUGAACUGUGAAUAAAUGUGAGCUGAUUAAGCUCUGCAAUCAUGUUAUAGAAACACUAUGUAUUCACAACGCUAUUCAUUAAUGGUUUUAAACACAUAUAUUUAUACCUUAAGAACAACACUAUACUGUAUUCCUUGUUAACAAUGAAAUACAAAAUGUAUCCCGUUUUCUCUCUUAUCAUGUACAUGUAUACUCUGGCAAUAAUUGUAUAUGUGUUAAGACGACGUACCCAUGUAUAAGUGUUUAUAAAUGCCUGUUCUGUUCUUAUGUUCUGUUAUUUAUUUUAAAAGGUGAUUUUGUGCAUUAUUGUGGGAAUUUGGAUGAUUAUUUAUGUAUCAUCGUAUUUAUGUUUAUUCUUCAGCAAACUAUUAUAAAUGUACAUGUUCCCUGUAUUUUGAUUAUGAAACAUUCCACAUGUCAUUGUUAUGGUCUAUGAUUUGUCAUCUGGUCAAUAACAUCUAUGAAAAAUGUU